AAGUAAUGAAUAUUAUACUGCGAAUGCGAUACCCAAAUAUCCUGCAAAAACCGUAGGAAAUGAUGAAAAUUAUCCAAGUAAAGACAAAGGAAUCACUGUACGUUUUGAACAAACAAUUUCAAACAGUAGCAUUCCAUUUGUUCCUGAUUCAAAAGCAUUAGAAAGGGAACAGGAUUUCGUAGGAUCUGCUAGUGAUCAAUCUCUUAGUGCUAUUGCAUCUCAGGGGGAAAGCAGUGAUUCAAUAGAACUUGUAGUAAAUCCUAAACAUCAUCAGACAUAUCAAUAUCAACCAUCAUUCUGA